GGGGGGGGAGGGGCCGGGCGGGGGGCUGGCGGUAGCGGCGAAUGGACUCGCGGGUAUCGGAGCUGUUCGGCGGCUGCUGCCGGCCCGGGGGGGGCCCGGCCGUGGGCGGAACCCUGAAGGCUAGGGGCGCCGGCGGCAGCAGCAGCUGCGGUGGCCCGAAGGGGAAGAAGAAGAACGGAAGGAACAGAGGGAGCAAAGCCAACAAUCCCCCGUACCUGCCCCCCGAGGCUGAAGAUGGAAACAUCGAAUAUAAACUGAAGCUGGUGAAUCCAUCCCAGUAUCGUUUUGAGCACCUGGUGACACAGAUGAAGUGGCGGCUCCAGGAGGGCCGCGGUGAGGCUGUCUACCAGAUUGGAGUAGAAGACAAUGGGCUGCUGGUGGGGCUGGCUGAGGAGGAGAUGCGGGCCUCCCUCAAGACCCUGCACCGGAUGGCAGAGAAGGUCGGGGCAGACAUCACUGUUCUCCGGGAGCGAGAAGUGGACUAUGAUAGUGACAUGCCCCGGAAGAUCACCGAGGUGCUGGUACGAAAGGUCCCUGACAACCAACAGUUCCUGGACCUCCGUGUGGCUGUCCUGGGGAAUGUGGACUCAGGGAAGUCGACUCUGCUUGGAGUCCUGACCCAAGGAGAGCUGGACAAUGGGCGGGGCCGGGCUCGGCUGAACCUUUUCCGUCACCUGCAUGAGAUUCAGUCCGGCCGAACCUCCAGCAUCAGCUUCGAGAUCCUGGGCUUUAACAGCAAGGGAGAGGUGGUGAAUUACAGUGACUCACGGACGGCAGAAGAGAUCUGUGAGAGCAGCUCCAAGAUGAUCACCUUCAUCGACCUGGCAGGCCACCACAAGUACCUGCACACCACCAUCUUCGGCCUCACCUCCUACUGCCCUGACUGUGCCCUGCUCCUCGUCAGUGCUAACACUGGGAUUGCCGGCACCACAAGAGAACAUCUGGGGCUGGCACUGGCCCUGAAAGUGCCCUUCUUCAUCGUGGUCAGCAAGGUGGACCUGUGUGCCAAGACCACAGUGGAGAGGACGGUACGCCAGCUAGAGCGGGUCCUCAAGCAGCCUGGCUGCCACAAGGUCCCCAUGCUGGUCACCUCUGAGGACGAUGCCGUCACUGCUGCCCAGCAGUUUGCCCAGUCCCCCAAUGUCACCCCCAUCUUCACACUGUCCAGCGUGUCUGGAGAGAGUCUGGACCUGCUCAAAGUCUUUCUGAAUAUUCUGCCGCCACUCACCAACAGCAAAGAGCAGGAGGAACUCAUGCAGCAGCUGACGGAGUUCCAGGUGGAUGAAAUCUACACAGUACCAGAGGUGGGGACAGUUGUUGGAGGGACACUUUCCAGUGGGAUUUGCCGUGAGGGCGACCAGCUGGUGGUGGGCCCCACGGACGAUGGCUGCUUCCUGGAGCUGAGAGUGUGCAGCAUCCAACGCAACCGCUCUGCCUGUCGUGUACUGCGAGCUGGUCAGGCCGCUACGCUGGCCCUCGGGGACUUUGACCGAGCACUCCUUCGCAAGGGCAUGGUGAUGGUGAGCCCAGAGAUGAAUCCCACCAUCUGCUCAGUGUUCGAGGCAGAGAUAGUCCUGCUGUUCCACGCCACCACCUUCCGGCGAGGCUUCCAGGUGACAGUACACGUGGGCAACGUACGUCAGACAGCAGUGGUGGAAAAGAUCCAUGCCAAGGACAAGCUGCGGACAGGGGAGAAGGCAGUGGUACGUUUCCGCUUCCUGAAACACCCAGAGUACCUGAAGGUGGGCGCCAAGCUGCUGUUCCGGGAGGGUGUCACCAAGGGCAUCGGCCAUGUCACUGAUGUGCAAGCCAUUGCAGCGGGAGAGGCCCAGGCCAACAUGGGCUUCUGAACUCCUCCAGGCAGGCACAGCUCUACUGCUGUCCCUACAGUACAUAAGGUGACUUCCGGCCAUGCUGCCCCCUGUUGGCGGCUCUGCGUGUUAGUAGGCUAGGGAGUGAGGGGUGCUCUCUGCUGCUUGCUCCCUGCCACCUUUUCCGGAGAGACGCCAAGCUUGGUGUGACCAGGGAGGGGCAGUCCUGAGGGAGAGGACAGGAGAAUUCAGGGCAGUGCUCAGCAGCUGUGUGUCCGCCUGGUUGGCUCAUCAAACUUGGCAUCCCUACGGCCUGUCUACUGGAGGGAGCUGAUCACCGCCACAUUGGCCCAACUGUCAGGACUGGGCAUGAUUCGCCGGUGUGGUCCCUGCACGUCAGGAAUUGUCACAACAACUGGGGGUGGUCCUCGAAAGCACUCCUUCUUCUAUACCUCUUCUCAAGGCCAUGUAAGUUGCCCAUCUCUACUUGACUGUGGACAAAAGACAUCUGCUCCUGGCCAUCUGGUGGCCCAGGGUCUGAAGAAAUGGCACAGGGACAGUGAAUGGCAGUGCUCCCGCCCUGUGCUGAGACAUGAGGUCUGCUCUUCAGCUUUGUCUCCCUUCCCUUCUUCACUCAAGGGCCAUGUCCCCAGUUCCUCCUCUCAAAGGCCCCACAGGUGCUAUUUGUUGUGCUGGCCCAGGUGUGGGGCCGCCAAGCUAAGACUUGGUGUACCGAAGGUCAGCUGCAUGUCAAUCAGUCUUGUCCCCUCCUCUGCAGUGAUCUGUUAGUUUUAAUGCUGGAUCAAACAGGAUGUUUUGCCACAGUCCCCAGACUGGUGGCUGGGGACCUGACUCACAGCUCCCCAUCCUGCCCCCAUGUAAGUCCUCUCUUGUUUUAGUAAUUUGUAGUGAUCAUCCCUUUCCCUCUGUUGCAGGGAACCUGGAGGAAAGGGAAAGAUGUUGCCAUACUUCCUAUUCUUUAGAGCAUGAAUUCCCUCUUUCCCUUUGUUAGUGUCCUGGGUUCCCAUGGACUCAGGGAUUUGGUUGAGGUUUCUCUGCAUAUAUAUAUACAUAUAUAUAUAUAUAUAUAUUUAAAUACACAUAUAUAUAU